AUGAGGGGCCCUCUCUCCGCAAUUCUCUUGGCCAUGACUCUGCUCCCCACCGGAGCUUUGUCACAGAGUGGAAACUUCCGCUCUCCAGCCAUAUUGCCGCUAAAGGCUCGAGUGCGGCAGGCCGAGAGUUAUCAGCGGCGAAAGCGGCAAACGCCCAACAUCUCGGAGCCGCUGAGUAAUUGGUAUAGCGGUACAGAUUUGCAGUGGUACGGGGAACUAAAUGUUGGGACGCCGCCGCAAACUCUUACUGUAGUGUUUGAUACCGGCUCAUCGGAUGUCGUGAUUCCAUCCACACAAUGCGACGCAAACCCUGGAUGCACCGGACUGCAACAUCGAUUCGCCCCGGAAAAAUCGGAGACGUUUACUUCCCUUAAUGGUUCAUUCCGAAUCUCAUAUUCUACAGGAACCGGCGUCGCAGCUUCAGGCAAUGUCGAGAUUGAAGGUGUGAUCUCGCGAGAUGUGAUUUCUGUCGCAGGUCUCCAACUCCAAGACUUCCAGUUUGGUCUUAUUACAAACCAGUCGGCCGCGCUUGGCGUUGAUCCGUUUGACGGAAUCGUGGGUAUGGGAUUUUCAUCCGGCCUGACCACUGGCCCACAUACAUUUAUCGGCGGCGUAAAUGGCAGUGGACAGAUCCCUCAAGCUGUUUAUGGUCUCUACUUGACGCCGCAGUCCGUAGGGCAUGCGGAAAUCAGCCUCGGCGGCGUGGAUAGCUCAAAGUUGGUCAGCGAGAUCAACUACAUCCCGGUGUUUCCAGCGACGGGGCAAUUCAACGGGACUUUCGAAAAAGUCUAUGUUGACAAUACGAUCACCAAUGUGUCCUCUAACUAUGCCAUCUACGAUUCCGGCACAGCGAAUAUUGUUGCUCCCAAAAAUGAUGCUGAGGAGAUUUAUGCAAUGAUUUCUCCGGAUAUUAAGCCCGUCGAUACAGCGGGAACAUACGGGAUACCUUGUUCAAAGCUGAAGGAUAUCAAGUCGUCAAUUUCUUUCAUUAUUGGAGGCCGCAAUUAUACAAUUCCUUCCCAGGAGCUCAGCGUUGGGCCAAUCUCAGACCAGCCAGAGAUCUGCCAGACGCUUAUCAACAGUAGUGGUGAUGAUGAAGCGAAAAGCUUGUGGGUAAUUGGUGGCAGCUUGCUAAAGUACUAUUAUACAGUUUGGGACAUAGAAAAUGUCCGGUUCGGGCUUGCUCAGACUUUGCAUUCGCCUUAG